AGGAACAACAAAGUCAGACGACCGAACACAACAACACAAGCACAAACACGAACAUCUGAAAUCUCAACCGCAUCAAACAAGUCCAUCAAAUCCGCCAAAAACAUCACCAUAAAAUAAGUACUAAGCUACUCAAACUCACUUCCUUGACCCACUCUUGUCUCUCUCCCACUCUCACUAUCUGUCUUUCCCAACGCCCCUUCAUUUUCACUUCCUCUUUCUCCUCACUUCAACACAGAUUCCUCCCUCACCUUCUAAUUCAGUUACCUUAUUUGUUUUCCCAAGAUCUGAUUUUGUGCAGCCUUGGAAAAUCUGAAAAUCUCCAUGCCGACCCAGUAACGUUUUUGCACGGAAUGAAGCUAAUGGGGAAAUGGGGUUCUCUUUGGCAGGGAUUUAAGGUUGAGGGGUCGUGAAAGGUUGGAUUUUUAGGGGUGGUGGGGUUGUUUUGCAUGUGGGAAUGGAAGCGAGGAUGAAGAAGUACAACCGGCAAGUGAGUCCUGAGAGGGCCAAAGUGUGGACUGAGAAGUCCCCAAAAUACCACCAGAGUCUGAAGGUUCCCGUGAUUUACUAUCUUUGUCGAAAUAGGCAGCUAGAGCACCCUCAUUUCAUGGAGGUCCCACUUUCUUCACCGGAUGGGUUAUACUUGAGAGAUGUCAUUGAUAGACUGAAUGUGUUGAGAGGUAGAGGCAUGGCUUCCUUGUAUUCAUGGUCUUGCAAGAGGAGCUACAAGAAUGGAUUUGUGUGGCAUGAUCUAUGUGAAGAUGACAUAAUUCUACCAGCUCAUGGAAAUGAAUACGUUCUCAAAGGUUCUGAGUUAUUUGAUGAAUCAAAUUCAGAACGUUUCAGUCCCGUUAGCAAUAUUAAAAUACAAAGCGUGAAGCUGUUGCCGGGGCCAAUUUCUUCUAGGAGCCAUGAUGAAGCCUCCUCCUCUUCUAGCUUGAAUGGGAAAGAGACAAGAAUCUCCCAAGACGAUGAGCUUUCCCAAGAAGAACCGCAUACUGGUUCCUCCGAUGUUUCUCCAGAGUCUAGAGACAAAAAGAGUGAUUCGCUAAGCUUGGCAUUGACAGAGUACAAAAUUUAUAAAACUGAUGGAUUGGCCGAUGCUUCGACUCAGACAGAAGAAAAUGGCCGUAGAUCCAGAUCUCAGAAAACUUGUACAAGAGGUGUAUCGACGGAGGAUGGAUCAUUAGAAUCUGAAUGCCAUGAGAUAUGUCAAACUGAAGUUCCACAAGUGAAACAUACUCCGCAAAUCUGUAGGGACACUGUUUCUCCUCCUCCCUCAACUUCAAGUUCCUCAUCUUUUGUGGGGAAGGCUGAGACUUUGGAAUCUCUGAUUAGAGCUGAUGCUAGUAAAGUGAACAGCUUUAGGAUCCUGGAAGAGGAGGGCGUGCGAAUACCAACCAACACGAGGGUCAAGGCUUCAAAUUUACUGAUGCAACUAAUCUCAUGUGGCUCAAUAUCAGUGAAAAACCAUAGUUUUGGCCUUAUUCCUUCCUACAAGCCAAGGUUUUCCAAUUCAAAAUUUCCUUCCCCACUGUUCUCAACUUCUUUCAUGCUGGGGGAGUUUGAUUGCUUAGCUGAGAAUCCAAAGUUGAUGAGCCUCAGAUUGGAAGACAAAGAAUACUUUAGUGGAAGCUUAGUGGAGACUAAACUGAAGGAUGGAGAUGGACAUAAUGUUCUGAAACGCUCUUCUUCCUACAAUGAUGAGAGGACAUAUAAAGACCAAAAACCGGAAGAAUACAAAGAGGAAUCAUCCUCAGGACAUUCAAAAUGCAUUCCACGGUCAAUCAAGGUCUCGUUGACCAAGCAGCCCCGAAGUGAAUCCAUGAGAUCUCCUGUUUCUGAUGGACCAAGGAACUCCUCAGACAGAAUUGAAGGCUCAGCCAUAUCCUCAGUAACAUCCAAUGGUAGCAGCAAGAGAAUCACGGAACCUUCGUCAGGGAAGAAGCAAUCAAAGAGGAUAGAUUCAUUUAAAGAAGAGGAGGAGGUGAUCAAAAUUGAAGAAAGCAGGCUUGCUUCAGGAGCUCGGGUUAUAAUCCAAUCUAAACCAUUUUCAGACACAGCAUCUAGCAGCUGCUGAAAAAUCAAGUUUCAGAUUUUAGGCAACAGAAAAACUACUGGUUUUUCAGCUUUAGAUUGAAUUCAACAUGAUUGUAUAUAUUUGGUAGGUCCAUGUGACAUUAUUUCCUUAAGCUUACAAAGUAAAGUUAUUUUGACAAUUGAGUCAAUGCUAAGGGAGCAGCUAGCCAGCUACAAUAGCAGGUGUGGUCCCGUUGGUCCAUUUCCUUAAAUAUAUUGUGCUGGAAUGAGGUGAUUGCACAUCCUGCUGUAACUCCUGAUACAAUAUCUACCUUUGCACCCUUUUGCUUGCUUCAAAUUAUUGGUUACUACUUAGCUUGCACCUUCAA